AUGAAUAACCUGAUGUUAAGUGUUAAUUUUUGGUUAUGCUCAUCAGUUCCAGCUCAGUUCAUACCGGGUAGGACGGGAGCCGGGUUGUUAAUAUUGAACGGAUUCACUUUCUAUAUGAAGAAUCAUCAAGCGCAUGGCAAGAAGCAGUGGUACUGUUCAUCACGGGAUGUUCACGGCUGCCGGGCUGACGUCAUCACUUACAAAGGAAUUUAUUAUUUACCAUCUCACCGUACGGGAAGUAUGGUGUUGAUAUUCAAAGAUAAUAAAUAUUGGAUCAAUAAUAGAUAUCAGAAUACGAUAAAUUGGACAUGUCGUGAUAGAAAAAGACUGGGAUGCAACAGCUGCGUGCAAACAACAGUAGAAGGCAGAUACAUCAAGCAUAAAGGCUUCCAUAACCAUGAUGACAACUAUACUAAAUAUAAUUUCAACGAUUAAAGAAGGAACAAGCGUUCUGCGCAUCCAUGUGCGUGUCUCCAAGCCACCAAGAUGUUUGAAUAUUAUUAUACUUCUUUCAAAGUUCCAUCAAAUCGACCUAUCUACUAAAAAUGGUUACAUCUCUUAUACCAUAAGAUAUAACUCUUAUCCUUACAUAGAUUGAAAUAAAUAUCUGUAUAUUAGUAUAUUUAUAACUGUAUAUGUAGAACUUAAUACAGGUAUCUUAUAAACCAACUGCGCUCAACAUUUUCAGCGACUUAAUUAAAAUAUAGCUUGUUUGAACUGUUAUUAUAAUAAAAUUAUUUAUUCAUAUACUUAAC